AUGGAGCCCCAGCAGGUGGUCCAGGAGCUUGGAGUGAACCAGCAGUUCCCUUCUCACAUGUCUUCUCAACAGGGAUCUUCCUCAACAGCCUCUGAGGAGGCAGAAGAGCACAAAGAACGACCGCAGAGUGGCGCAGAUAAAGCAGAAAGCCAUGGAAAUCUGUCCGGGACAAACGCAGAAACGCCAGCAGAGAGCGGCACAGGGACAUUCCCGGGCCCUCCGCUUCCCAUUCCUCUCUCCAGACUCAGGGAAAUAGAAGCGGAGCUGAUCGGCGCUGAUGAGGCGGACACUGAGGCGGAGCCUGGCGAGCCGCUGAUGUCUGCAGUGGCAGCAGCAGCGGGCCAGGCUCCUGCCCCAGCCGCAGGGGACAGCGUGUGGCACCGCGCUGGCGCUGCGCUCCAGGCCGCCCUGCGGGACGGCAGCGCUCGGUACACGCAGCGCGAUUUCGCAGCAGCCGCGGCCAAGUUCUCCACGGCACUGGAGCUUUGCAGUAAAGGCUUUGCUACAGAGGACCCCUUGAAGUCCUCUGCAGAUGAUAUUUCCAGGCUUGCCAGUUGGAUUGAGUCAAAGCUCGUCAUCUGCUACUUAAAACUGGGGCAGCCUGACCUUGCUCUGCAACAUUCACACAGGAGCAUCAUUCAGAACCCCUCUCACUUCCGCAGUCACCUGCGCCAAGCCGCUUGCUUUCGGUGCCUGCACAGAUACUCGGAGGCUGCAAGGAGCGCCAUGGUCGCGCAGUAUCUGUACGUCUUGGCUGAAGGAGCUGGGCUGGAGACCAGUGACCUCAUCCAGCUGUACUGGCAGGCUAUGACUCAAGAAGCCCUUAGUGGAGAAGUCUCUUUUUCUGUUCUGUACACACCUUUUGAGAAAGAGAACAAGACUGACAAAAUAAAGGAGGCCAACAAAAGCUUUGCUGAGAAGCACCCUGAUUACGUGCAGCACAUAUUUACAGAUCCUCAUGGAAUUCACCUGUUGCCAGAGAGGGCUGAAUCUCACCCUGACCAGCAGUACUUACUGACUCUGGGCUUCAGAAACAAAGAGAUUGGAAAAACCGUGGAAAUGUCUGUAACUCGAAAACUGCCAGUCUUUCGAGGCUGGAAAAGAGCUUUCAGUCCCAGCAUGGAGGAAGAAGAAGAAGAAGAAACAUUUUGGCAGAACACUGGGAAAAGGAUCAUGGCAGCCAUGGCUUUUAUAGGAAGCACUAAAAUAAAGGAUGAGCGUGGCCCAUGUGCACGGGCCAUCGAGCAGUUCCACCACGCCAGCCUGCUCAGCCGCCUGCAGAGACGGGAGGAACAGGCCCAGGUGAUGACCCAGGCAAUGGCUGAGCUGGCGACUGCUCCCUACCUGCAGAGAGUCUCUCAGGAGGAUGACAAGCUGCUGCAGUCACUGAUGGCAGAUGCUGUGGACAUCCUCGCAGGAAGAAGUGGAGAGCGUGUGUGGACUAAAAUACAGAAGGUGGCACUAAUUGAAGAGUACUUGAGGGAAGGAGAAGAGCAUUACUUAAGGACCCCACACAUGCAAAUACCUGGAAUGGAAAACAUGAACUGGACUCCAAGGGGACAGGGAUAUUUGAGACUGAAAAAUACAAACAUGUUCAUUCCCAACCCACGAAGCUUGGCCACAGGGCCAAAAAAAAGACGCAUAGCUUUUGCAAAAAGUUGAUUUUGUAGGUAUUUUGUAGCUAUUGAUAUCAAUUUGAUAGAUGUUAAUCUUAUUUUAAAUUAUAUUAACUUGA